AUGCGACGGCCGCCCGGGACCCCGACUCCGCUGCAGCGAUGGGCCUCCAAGGCCUCGGACUCACAGUUCAACGUCAUUGCCGGCGCCGUCGGCGGCUUCACCUCGGGCAUCGUCACAUGCCCUCUCGAUGUCAUCAAGACAAAGCUGCAGGCUCAGGGCACAUACAAGCUUGUCGACAACGGCCGCCAUGUCGGCCAUCCGAAGCUGUACAACGGCCUGGUUGGCACCGCCAAGGUCAUCUGGCGCCAGGAGGGCAUCCGAGGCAUGUACCGAGGGCUAGGCCCCAUCGUUCUCGGAUACCUGCCGACCUGGGCGGUCUGGUUCUCCGUCUACAACAAGAGCAAGGGCUGGAUGGCUCAAUAUUCAGAAACACCAUACAUUGUGAGCUUCUGGUCCUCCAUCAUAGCCGGUGCGAGCAGUACCAUCGUCACGAACCCCAUAUGGGUCAUCAAGACCAGGCUCAUGUCACAGAGCUACAUGCCCGAGGCGGAGCACCAUUAUACCUCUAUGUUUCCCAAGCCCGGCAACACACCGACGGCAAGGCCGACGUUGCAGGCGCCGUGGCACUAUCGGUCGACGCUCGAUGCCGCGAGGAAGAUGUACACGUCCGAGGGCCUCGCGUCGUUUUACUCGGGCCUCACGCCCGCACUUCUCGGCCUGACUCACGUGGCCGUCCAGUUCCCCACCUACGAGUUUCUCAAGACAACCUUUACCGGCCAGGGCAUGGGCGAGGCGCCUGUAGAGGGGGAAAAGGCGCACUGGCUGGGCAUCCUGUCGGCUUCCGUGCUGUCCAAGAUUCUCGCCAGCAGCGCCACGUAUCCGCACGAGGUGAUUCGGACCCGGCUGCAGACGCAGCGCAGGCCGGGCGGCCGCAAAUACGAGGGCAUCAUCACGACAUCUCGGACGAUCCUGCGCGAGGAAGGCUGGCGGGCGUUCUACGCCGGCCUUGGUACCAACAUGAUGCGAGCCGUCCCAGCCGCCACGGUGACGAUGCUGACAUAUGAGUUCGUCAUGAGACAGCUCAACAGGGCCAAGACGGAAGGAAGAGAGAAGCUGGGGAUCCAGAAAGAGCGGCGAUGA